GAGGCCGGCGGCUGCCGGUUAGGCCGCGGCGCCCUGUCCCACGAAUGAGGUGCAGGUUAGGUCCCGCCUCUCGCAGGCGCGGCGGUGAUUGGUCAGUACUGUGCCUGUACGGCUCGGGAUUGGCUGUGCGGAGAGGGCGGAGCUCUGAGUGGAGCCUGAGCCGCUGGACCCGAGGAGCCGGUGACCGGCGAGUGAGCGCAGGGGCCCUGGCUAGGGAGCUGAGGGACUAUGGAACCUCAGCAGCCCGGGAGGUUUGGAAGGUUUAAAUACCAGUUUGUGAAGACUUUUUGCCACUCCAGAUGAUCUGCUGGAUUAAACGUGUAAUUAGGAUGGCUUUUGCACAAGUUGGACUAAACAUGGAAUCAGUGCUCUGGUCAGGCAAGUCUUAUGGUUCAUCUCGAAGUAUUGUAAGGAAAAUUGGUACUAACCUCUCUCUUAUCCAGUGCCCAAGAGUUCAGUUUCAGGUUACCUCUCACUCUGCAGAAGGAAACCAUUCUAAGCAGCUCAGAGAAGACUCAGUAGCCUCUUUUGCAGAUGUGAGAUGGGUUGCUCAAGAAGAAGGUGAAGUCUCUACAAGGCUCAGAUCAGAAGUUUGGUCAAAAUCGGCUCCACCUCUUCCACAUGAACCAUAUUGCUCUGGAAGACCACCAAGUAGACAAGUAUCCUUACCAAACCUAUUACAAGAAGAGCCAGCCGCCAAGGUUGUGGUGACCAAGAAUGAUGAAGCUCUGCAAAAGAUUAAUGCUCUAGAAAAUGAACUUGCCAGUUUAAGGGCACAAAUAGCCAAAAUUGUAAUCUUGCAAGAACAGCAGAAUCUGCCAGCAGCUGGAUUAAGUCCUACUGCAUCAGCUCCUUCACCAGCGCCACCACCACCUCCUCCUCCUCCACCGCCUCUUCCACCUUCUGGGGUACAUCGGAGUAUGUCUGCUAUUGAUCUCAUUAAGGAGCGGAAAGGCAAGAAAAUAAAUGCAGGGCAGACUUCGAUAGAUAAUGGUCCAAAGAAGCCUGAAAUACCAAACAUGCUAGAGAUCCUCAAAGACAUGAACAGUGUCAAACUCCGUGCAGUGAAAAGACCAGUGGAAGGCACAAAAUGCAAAUCACCUGACCCGACUGAUCCCGUAGCACUAAUAGCUGAAGCUCUCAAAAAGAAAUUUGCUUAUCGAUACAGAAGUGAUAACCAAAGUGAAACUGAAAAACAGAUUCCAGAGUCUGAAACAAAGGCAACGUCAGAAAUGAUGCAGUUUGGACCACACAUGCUGAAGCCUACAGGAAAAAUGAAGACUUUAAUUGAAAAAUCUUAACUACUUUUAUAUCACUACAAGAGACUAUUCAGCUACUUUUAUUAGAAAUCAAUUCUAUGUAGUAAGUGUCUCUUGGUAUUUAGUGCCCUCCUACAAAACCAACCAAAAAAAAAAUACUGACCUAAAAUUAUAAAAACAUAGUGCCUUUGUUUUACAUGUUGAAUUCUAGAGGUAUUUGUCCUUAUGUGACUUUUAACAAGGGGGUUGAGUUGAGAGACCGUACAAGUUUUUAAACCUAUAAACUUUAAAAUCUAGCUUUCAAUACCUAAAAUACUAAGACUUUUCUGUGGUAGUUUUAUUUUAACACUAAUUUAUCUGUACAAAUGUUUUUAUAUGUAUGACUGACAGUCUUCGGACAGUUUGUGUAAAUGAUAAUAAUGGGAAUGAAGUACUGUCAAGUUACUGUCAGUCAUUUACCUCUCAUGUAAUACCUGAUGUAACAAGUUUCUUGCACUGCAGCAUUUAGUUUGAGACUAGCAACUUCUGUUCCAAAUGAGAUCUCAUUAGUUUAACACAGCUUUCGCUGGUUUUAGCCUGAAAAGCAUAAACAGCUCAUGCAGGGGUAUGUUUAGUUAAUAAUGAAGGAGAAACAGAUAAUCUCUAAUAAGCUUCACUGAUUUUACUUGUUACGAAGCUGAGUGGUAUGGAAUAGAGCAUUUCAAAAAGAGCAAGAUUUCUCAACUGAGACUGCCCUUCUCUCAAUGCAGAAUGUUCCAUUUUCCUCCCUCCAGUCCCCCCCUAUAUGUAUAGUGCCUUAAAGGUGAACUUGAUCAUCUUGAGCAACUGGCCACAGCUAGCUUCAGGUUCAGUUCUCUGUCAACAGGUAGAGCAAUGUGUGUGAAAUAGGGUAGAAUAGCAGUGUAGAUUAAAGUACUUCAGACAGAAUGUCAGGGUAUGUGUUUGAGUGAGCAAAUGUGGAAGUCUGGGAAGUUACAAAGUAGUAGAGAUGAGAAGAAAUGGAGUGCUUAUAAAUGAACUAUAGGGUGUUUGUCAGUAAAAUCUUACUGCUUUCGGAGGCCCUGAUCUCAGUUGCAGCUGGGGAGUGCUUGACACACAGGAGAGAUGUCUUUACCCUCUACACAGUUAAUGGGGAGGUCUUGUGCUGGGUAAGCCCCCAGCAUAAAGCAGAAGAGACUGAAGGCUACCCUUAUUUGUGCUUAACUGCCCAUGGCCCCAAGGUAAUAUUUCAGCAGGCAGGAAUAUCCUGACUACAAUCCCUGCACUAGCUCCAGGGAAGCACUGGUUUAGGAGAUCCUAGACAGGCUGGGUCACCUGAAGAUCACCUAGGGAAAUCCUCUAGGCACCUUUUUAUAUUGCAGCUUUGUCCUGCGUGAUCAGCACCAAGGUGGAUCAUCAGGGGGAAACAAUAUGAGUCUUUUUGUACACAAAUGCAAUCCAGUUUUCUCAGGUGUUGAAAAAUUGGGUAGAAAACAUUCUGGCAUUCACAGGACUAACAAGCAGGAACACACCAGAACUAGCUUGGCUACAUAUCAAGUAAACUGACAGCAAGUUUUUUUUUUAAUGUGGAUAAAUACAAGUAGAGAAGGUGGGUCAGCAAUCUCAUUCUAAAGGAACAGUUGGCUACUGGAGUUGUGAUGCAAGUGCUUGUUCUUGAAACUUCAUUUUUUUUUUUCUUCAACUACUGGAAAAGUGCAGCAUUUUCCAUCCACCAAGAGCCACUUUGAUAUAAGUUAUUGAAGAUGUAUAAAGCAUGCUAGUCAGUAUUAACAAAUUGAGAUUUAAAUAGUAUGAUCAACAAGGACUUUAUUUCUGAUGUAAUACUUGAAAGUGCUGUAUUAUUUACAAAGCUGUUAAAGUAAAAAAAAAA